AUGGGAAUCAAGUUAGGCCUGGCACUGAUUGGGUAUGAUGCUGAAGUUGUGAAGCAGAUAAUUCAGAUGGAAAACGAAGACAUUGAUAGAGUGAAAGGUCAAGGGGUGGGGCCAGAGAGAUGUUCAAGCGUCAAGGAAUUGUUGAGGUUGAAAAGGGUAGACAUGGUCUUGCUUAAAAAAACAAAACGUUCAUGUAUUGAUGUCAGUGUCGUUAAAUCUUUGUGGCCUAUUGAUUCGAUGGAGUUCAUGGCUGUGGUUGCGAUUGGCAGUGCUGGAGGACUUCUAUGCAUCUGGAAUCCUGAGGUUUUCUCCUUAAAAGAGUGUUGUUGCUCUAGAAGCUUCAUCAUAUUGGGAGGUACUAUGUACACUUCUCUUAAUUGUUUCGUUGGUAAUAUUUAUGCACCAAAUGAAGAUGUGAAUAAGAGGAGGUUGUGGAGCAUUUUAGUUAAUUUGAAGUUUGCCUUCCCUGAUCUGUGGAAGUUCACUUGGGGAAAUUCUCAAAAUUGGAGUAAGAUUGAUCGGUUUCUAGUUAACCCUGAGUGGUUGGAAUGGUACAAAUAUAAAGUUUGGGGGUUAUCUAGACUUUUUUCUGAUCAUAGCCCCAUUCUACUGAUGGAGGAUGACACGGACUGGGGUCCGAAAUCUUUUAAGUACAUAAAUGCUUGCGUCUUACACCUCACUUUUCUUGAUGAAGUGAAAAGAGUUUGGGAUUCAACAAGGGUACAAGGAUGGGCAAGCUACGUAAUUAUGGAGAAGUUGAGAGUUUUGAAAGUUGCUUUAAAAAGAUUGAAUAUGACAGUGUUUGGUGAUGUAGACUCAAAGUUGAAAAAAACUGAAAUUGAACUACAUUCUUUAGAUUUACAAUCUGAACUGAGGGUGUCGGAUGAGGUGGAAAAGGGCAAAAGAAAGGAGAGGUUGAAGAACCCAGUGAGGUUAAACAAGCAGCUUGCUACCAUUUCCAAAGUUUAUUUACUGAACAAUGGAGGCUGGAAAUUUUUGCAAGAUGACAUCAUGAAGUUCAUGAAGGAGUUUUAUAGUAACAGUAAAUUGGGAUAUGGGGUAAAUUGUUCCUUUGUUACUCCUAUCCCCAAGAAAGAAAAUCCUAACUCUCUUAUUGAUUAUUGGCCUAUUAGUUUGAUAAAUUCUCUCUAUAAAGUGCUGUCCAAAGUGUUGGCCAAUAGAUUCAAGCAAGUUCUACCUAGUGUGAUUAAUAAGGUUCAGUUUGCUUUUGUGGGGGAAAGAAAUGUUUUGGAUAUAGUGCUUAUAGAAAAUGAGGUGGUGGAUUAG